AUGGGGACAGAGACCGAACUGGACGUCGAGGCACAGACGGAGCCUCCUAUAUGUGGCUUCAAGAGUGCCCCAGAUAAUUCCCAUUCCCCCACCCUCGCCGGGACCCCCCACACCGGCACCGUUGUCACUGAUGCUGAUACCGAUGCCGAUGCCGAUGCCGAUGCCACCGACGCCACUGUCGGCCGCGGCUCCAUCGUCAGUUCCCCUACGGACACUGCCCGCGUCUUGACUCCCGAAUCGGCUCACACCCUUCCGGUGCCAGACAUCUGCGCGCUGCUCGAGACAGACGUCGAAAAUGGCCUCGACAGUUCCGAGGCUGCCCGUCGCCUGCAGCACCAUGGCCCUAACAAAGUUGAGGGAGCUAAGGGGCUAUCCGUGUGGACGAUUCUCUUGAGACAGGUUUCGAACAGCCUGACUCUUGUACUCGUCAUCACGAUGGUCCUCUCCUUCGCCAUCAACGACCACAUCGAAGGUGGCGUCAUCGCCGCCGUCAUUUCGCUCAACAUUGUGGUAGGGUUCUUCCAAGACUACCGCGCUGAGCAGACCAUCCAGGCGCUCUAUGCGCUCUCUGCACCCACGUGCAAGGUCAUCCGCGCUGGUCACACCGACACCAUCAAAGCCGAGGCCCUAGUGCCCGGCGACCUGGUGAAGCUCGGGGUCGGCGACAUUGUCCCGGCCGAUCUCAGGCUCGUGCACAGCAUCAACCUGUCCACAGACGAGGCGUUGCUCACCGGCGAGUCUGUCCCCGUCAGCAAGCAUGCCGAGGUCAUCCUCAAGGACCGGGAUGUGCCACUGGGCGACCGCACCAACAUGGUCUACUCGGCCAGCAUCAUCUCCCGGGGCCGUGCUACCGGCAUUGUCGUCGCAACCGGCAUGACCACCGAAGUCGGCAAGAUUGCCAAUCUCUUGAAAAGGAGCGGCGAGAGACUGGCCGACAAGCGGACCACUCCUCUUGGCAAGGCCUGGGCCAAGGUCCGGAAUGGCCUCCGCGUGCUCCUCGGCCUCGACGGCACGCCCAUGCAGGUCUCACUGAGCAAGUUCGCCCUGCUGCUGUUCGCCCUGGCCAUCCUCCUAGCCAUCAUUGUCUUCUCGGUCAGCCUCUGGCGUGUCACGAGCGACGUUCUCAUCUACGGCAUUUGCGUGGCCGUGGCCGUGAUCCCGGAAUCGCUCAUUGCUGUCCUCACCAUUGCCACGGCUCUCGGCACCCGUGCCAUGGCCAAGGGCAACGUCGUCAUCCGCAAGCUCGCCGCUCUUGAAGCCGUGGGCGGAGUCACAAACAUUUGCUCUGACAAGACCGGCACCCUCACCCAGGGCAAGAUGGUUGCCAAGCGGGUAUGGCUGGUUGACGGCACCGAGGUGUCCAUCCAGGACACGACACACCCGUUUGACCCCACCAGCGGAAACGUACAUGUGGGUAACGAGGUGUACACCCCCAAAUCAUCGACUGCUGAGAAGAAGGCGGCGCGGUUGAAAGACUUGCUCGAGACAAUUGCCCUGUGCAACAACUCGACCGUCACCAAGGUUGACGCCUCAUACGCAGCCAUCGGCGAACCCACCGAAAUUGCAUUGCAGGUUCUGGCCAUGCGAUUCGGCAUGGGCAAGCCCGACCUGUUGAAGUCGGGUGAGCACCAGCUUCUGGCCGAGUUCCCCUUCGAUUCCUCGUGCAAGCGCAUGACAGUUGUCUGCACUGACAGGACGGGCGCUUCUGCCUACACCAAGGGCGCCCUGGAGGCUCUUCUCCCCCUCAUGGACGUCUCUGACGAGCUGAAGGCGACCAUUGUCGCCAAGGCUGAGUCCCUAGCCGCCGAGGGCCUUCGUGUUCUCUGCAUCGCUAAGAAGGCGGUUGAUCCCGCCGACUUUGUACCCGAGACUCCGCUCGCCGGCGCAGAGAAGGUUACCCAAGCAGACGAGAACUCGGACCAACGCGCGGCUGUCGAGAGAGACCUCACCUUCCUUGGCUUGGCCGGUCUGUAUGAUCCGCCGAGAGUUGAGUCCGCAGCGGCGGUCAAGAGAUGCCAGGAGGCUGGUAUCACUGUGCACAUGCUCACCGGCGACCAUGUCAAGACGGCCACGGCCAUCGCCUACGAAAUCGGCAUCCUGAGCCGGACCACGCCGGCCAAGACCAACGACAUCAUGGUCGCCGGCGCGUUCGACAGCCUCAGCGACGCGCAGAUCGACGAGAUGGAGCACCUCCCGCUCGUGCUGGCCCGCUGCAGCCCCACGACCAAGGUCCGCAUGGUGGAAGCCAUGCACCGGAGGAAGGCGUUUUGCGUCAUGACCGGAGACGGCGUGAACGACUCGCCUGCGCUGAAGAAGUCGGACGUGGGCAUCGCCAUGGGUCUCAACGGCAGCGAUGUCGCCAAGGAGGCGGCUGAUAUGGUCUUGACCGACGACAACUUUGCGUCCAUCGUCACUGCGAUUGAGGAAGGCAGACGCUUGUUUGACAACAUCCAGAAGUUCCUCCUCCACCUCCUUGUCUCCAACAUCGCCCAAGUUUUUCUUCUCCUCAUCGGCCUGGCCUUCAAAGACCCCCACGGCGUCUCCGUCUUCCCCCUCUCCCCGCUCGAGAUCCUGUGGGCCAACCUCGUCACGUCCUCCUUUUUAGCCCUCGGCCUGGGCAUUGAGGACGCUCAGCCCGACAUCAUGCAGCGCCCGCCUCACGAUCUGAGCGUCGGCGUCUUCACGCGCGAGCUCAUCGUCGACAAGUUUGUGUACGGUGCCGCCAUGGGCGGCCUGUGCCUCGCCGCCUUCACGUCUGUCGCCUACGGCGUCCACGGCCCCACGGGGGGUCUGGGCGCGGGAUGCAACGAGGCGUACUCGGCCGAGUGUGGCGUCGCGUUCAGAGCGCGCGCGACCACGUUUGCUACUCUCACUUUCCUGCUGCUUAUCACGGCCUGGCAGGCCAAGCAUUUUACCCGGUCGCUGUUCAAUAUGCACCCGGAACGGUACACGGGUCCGUUGUCGGUCUUUCGGACUGUGUGGGGGAACAGGUUCUUGUUUGGUGCCGUCACGGCCGGGUUUGUCAUUGCGUUUCCUGUCAUCUACCUGCCUGUGGUGAACAGGAUCGUGUUCAAGCAUGAUGCCAUCACGUGGGAGUGGGGCGUGGUGGCGGCGUGUGUGGUGGUGUACACGGCGGUUGUGGAGACGUGGAAGGCGGUCAAGAGGCGGUUUGGGAUGGGGGCGGCGGCGUUGAAGGUUAGGGGUAAUGUCGAGGUGUAG